AUGGCGGCCGGCGGCGAUCCCGCUCCCCCGCCGCUGCUGCCGAAGGGGGCACGGCCAUGCAGGCUGCCUGGCCAGGCGGCGGCGCCCGCGAACGGCUCGGCGAGCACGCUACCCGUCGAGCUGCCUCGUCGCCAGCGGCCGCCGCGCGCGGGCGGCAGCGGUGCAGCCGCGGCCGCCGCGAGGCUGCAGCGCCGAACAUCCACCGCCGAAGCAGCGCAGUCCGUCCCCGCGCCACGCGCCGCCACCGCGCCGCGUCCUGCGACGCCCCACGAGCUGCUGCUGCUGCUGCUUAGACGCCGCCGCCGCUGGUGGCUGCUGCUGGUGCUGGUGGUGACCCCGGGAGCCGCGCCGGCUCCUCGCAAGCCGCCGCCGCUAGCCGCCGCUUCACGCCGCGGAGGAGAGUCGGCGACGACGGCGCCACCGCAGCAGCAGCCAUCGAGGAUUCGAUCGCGCGGCGGCUUGCGAAACGCGCCACCGCCACUCCCGUUUCACAAACUCGCCCGUCGAUAUCUCGGCCCCAAGAUAGGGGGCUUAAAGAUACUCGCGUCACCUUCGGCGGUCCGGCGAACUUGUAAUUUCACAUUUCACAGCCCUACGCUAGCAAGCGUCGGGGAAGUUGCAGAUCGAAAGGGUUACUACGAGCCACUCGUACAAGUUUAUCUCGGUGAGAAUGCUUUCGCGGCAUCGGCGCAACGGUUAGACGGGAGCGAGUAG